GAUCACUGCUGGAAAGAUGUCUUUGGAUUCAUUUAGAGCGGAAGGUGAAUGUUUCUGCAUUGGGAAGAAGUUCCUGCGACAGCAGCACAGGAUGGUCGGGCAGCCUGCUUGAGCCCAGAGCUCACCUGUGAUGUUCUUGCUCUUCCUGCUGUGUGAGAGUGUGUGUGAUCCCAAACCAGCCCCUUUCUGACACACCAACAGGGAAGACUGGGGCUGACCUACCAUGCCUCACUCACUGCUUCAGCUAUCCAAGUCACAGGUGACAGGGUUUCUUGAGGAAUUUGACCAUUACUCUUCCAUGGCCAAGCUCAUGUCCAUCUACCAUGCAACGAACAGGAGCAUCUUCAACUGGACAGAGAGCCGCAUUGUUGAGUGGGAGAAAUUUGCUGAGCUGGCUAAAUAUGAGCCAGAAUCCCAGAAGCCAACAGUGAAAGCGCUGCUAAUCGUGGCCUACUCGGUCAUUAUCGUCAUGUCUCUCUUUGGGAACAUGCUGGUGUGCCACGUGGUGCUGAAGAACAAGAGGAUGCACUCAGCCACCAGCCUCUUCAUCGUCAACCUGGCAGUGUCAGACAUCAUGAUCACGCUGCUCAACACACCUUUCACCUUGGUCCGCUUUGUGAACAGCACGUGGAUCUUUGGGAAGGCCAUGUGCCACAUCAGCCGCUUUGUGCAGUACUGCUCCCUGCACGUGUCCACCCUGACCCUGACGGCCAUCGCCCUCGACAGGCACCAGGUCAUCCUGAACCCGCUGAAGCAGAGGAUGUCCCUGACAAAGGGAGCUCUGAGCAUCUCUGUCAUCUGGCUGAUGGCAACCUGUUUCUCCCUGCCCCAUGCUGUCUAUCAAAAGCUUUUCCAGUAUAACUACAGGGAAGCCACUGUCCGGAGUCUGUGCCUCCCUGACUUCCCCGAGCCUGCAGAGUUGGUCUGGAAGUAUCUGGACCUGUCUACCUUCCUCCUUCUUUACCUCCUGCCCCUGCUGAUCAUCACCGUCACCUACAUGCGCCUGGCCAAGAAGCUGUGGCUGCGCAAUGCCAUCGGGGACGUCACCACGCAGCAGUAUGUCACCCACCACAGGAACAAGAAGAAGAGCAUCAAGAUGCUGAUGCUGGUGGUGGUGGUCUUUGCAGUCUGCUGGUUCCCCCUGAACUGCUACGUGGUGCUGAUCUCCAGCCUGGGCAUCAGGACGAAGAACUCGCUCUAUUUCGCGCUGCACUGGUUCGCCAUGAGCAGCACCUGCUACAACCCCUUCAUCUACUGCUGGCUGAACGAGAGCUUCCGCACGGGGCUGCGCUCCCUGCUCUGCAUCUGCCACAGGGUGCCGCAGCCUCGGGAGCAGGCGCUGCCCCCCAGGGCCAUGUCCUGCCGUGAGGCAUGGCUGGAGCAGGCCAGGUGCAGGAAGGGACCCUCCUCCCAGGCCAGCUGCUCCACCAGGAACCUCCCGAUGGCCAGCACGGACCUGUGAGCCAUGGGGAGUUACCUGGUUGUGGGAGGCACCAAAGGGCAUCUCCCAGGCUCUCCUCAGGAGCCAGCAUUGCUGCUCUGUUG